AUGAAGCAACCCAUGGCCAGACGCGUGAGAAGGUCGUCAUUAUCAACCAUGCCCAAACAACCUACUGGAAACAAACAGCGGGUGAACCGUCGCCGAGACUCUGCCGACAUCAGAGAAGCCGCCAGAAAAACACGUGAGAGACAGGCGCGCGCAGAGGAUCGAUCUGCCGUCACUAGCCAAGCCGUUGCUCGAACAAUGCUCAGGGGUCGCAAGGUCACGCCUGCCGGCACCUGGCUGCAGAACCCCGACAACAAGGACAAGAGCUUUCUCCUCGAAAGACUGCCCAUUGAGCUUCGCUACGACAUUUAUGAUGAGGUCCUCUCAGACAUGAAUCCCAACAUAAGCUACGUGACUGUUCGCUAUGUUCAGCGACGACGAUGCUGUGCCAUGACUCUUGGCACCAUGAGUAAGGAGUCCAAGUGGCGUUGGGGCGACGAUCUCAUCGAGGCCAUCCCCGAGAUGCGUCAGCUCGUUGAGCGACACAUUGGCACGCACCGACAGAUCGCGCAAAGACCUCUCAGCACCGUCCGCAAGAACAAGGACCUGGCUGUGUAUUGCUUCGAGCCGAGUCACACGGCUGUCGAUUGGCGGCUAGUCAUCAACAAGGCGGCGAGCAUUCGCACGCUGGGACCCGAUGUUCGCAACAUUGGCAUCCGCAUCGACGGCAACCACGCGGGCGGACUCAAAGGUCAGAACUACUCUUCGUCGCACCGCUUGUGCGGCCCUGGAUUCAAAUGCGACUCAAUAUGCCCCUCGCAGCUGGUUGACUUCAUCGACAACUUUUCACACGUGAAACAUGUGUACCUGCUUAUCAUGCUGCAGGCCCACCAUAUGCGGGUGGGUAAGAGCAAGGCGAAUGUACGCAGCCUCAUCAAGUAUCUUGUUGGCCCAAGCAAAUCUGAUGAUCGUGCCAAGUUCGAAGACCGCUCGCGCGUAUGGGUUGAAAUCAAGGCGGAGGAGGGCAAGGCGGAACUGACCGAAGAAACGUAUUCCACCUUCAGGGUCGCGCGUCAGGCCAUGGGCCUGCUGUCACGCAACACCGGCAUGCAUCGGAGCCUACCGCUUUCGAAUCGCAAGGAGAUCAAAGUCCGGGUCCUGGUCACGUCGUUUUACCUCCAGUAA